AUGAGCCACGAGAUUGUCCCAUACGGCAAGGGCAAGGGCAAGAGCAUCGAUGAUGCCCAGCUUCGGAAGUUCACGAAACGCACUGUUGACUACGGUUCUGACGUGGUCCGAUGGAUGGAGGACUGUGUGGGGCGUCGUACGCGGCCGAGGCGCCUACAAAGACACUACAACUACACGAAGGAAUUGGUUCCUCCUUUCGCGAUGCCGCGAAACCCGUACGACGGCAUUUGCCCCCGCUUCGUCUAUGCAGCUGUGAACAAGAAUAGGUCGCCUGUCUACGUGGCGACCUGGUUCCCCAACGGCCGCCGCAUUCUCACUGGUACACUUGCAGGCGAGAUGACCAUCUGGAAUGGUUUGGCCUUUCAUUCCGAGAAUGUCAUGCAGGCACACAAUGCCGGGAUCAAGGCGAUGUGUUGGACUCCAGACGAGGCCGUCAUGGUAAGCGGCGACCAGCUGGGCAUGAUCAAGCUUUGGGAUCCGUUCAUCUACAACUUCCAGACCUUCCAGGGCCACAAGGACUCAGUGUGCGACAUAGCAGUAGCACCGACUGGGGAAAAAUUCUGCUCCUGUGCAGACGACUCACAUGCAAAGGUUUGGGACUUGAAGACCGGCGAAGAGGAGCGGGCAUUCACCGGUCAUGGCUGGGAUGUAAAGUGCUGCGCGUGGCAUCCGACCAAGGGUUUGGUGGCCACUGGCUCGAAGGAUUCCCAGAUCAAACUCUGGGAUCCCCGAGCAUCCGAAGCGAUUACCACUAUCUUCUGCCAUAAGAACACCGUCACGCGCGUAGCCUGGAGCCCACACGGCCAAUGGCUAGCGAGCGCCUCGAGAGACCAACUGGUCAUGCUCAUGGACGUGCGCACGAUGAGUGUGCGGAAGGUCUUCAAGGCUCAUCAGAAAGAGGUGACCUCUCUCUGUUGGCAUCCAGAGUCAGACUCCUUGCUUGCGUCCGGAGGCUACGAUGGUGCCAUCCACUUCUGGGGCAUCCAUGGCUCCUCGUCGCCAGUGGAAAGCUUGCCUCUGGCUCACGAAGGUCCCGUGUGGUCCUUGGCGUGGCAUCCGAUGGGCCAUCUCCUUGUGAGUGCUUCCAAUGAGGAUGGGCAUGCUGCGCUGACAUUCUACCCGCUGGGCAGCUCUCGCCAGGCCUUGGUGCUUGUGGAGGAGGCCGCCAGGAAGGCGAAAUUGCGGCUCCUUUGCGCAAAUCGGCCCGGCAAUGGGAGCACCAGCCCACCUCUGGAUCCACCGGAAGGUGUUUCGGCCACUGCCUGGCAUCUCGAGACUGCUGUUGACGAUGCCAGGGCACUGCUCGCAAAGCUUCAGAUUGUCAAAGUAUCCAUCCUUUUCUUCUGUGCCGGCACGCCGUUCGCUUUACGAUUUGCCUCAAAGUAUCCUGAGCUGUGUACAGGACGAAUGCUCGGCGUGGCCCCGUGGGUGUCGCCUGCCGACUGCCAGGAGACAAAGGGGUUCUUCCGAUGGGCGUCCUCGCUCCCUACAUGCGUGGUCAGCUCCGUGGGAGGUCCCUGGAUGGCUGCGGGAAGCUACUUCACCAAGUCCUUGCCAUCAACUUCACUCGCUCGCGCGGGGCUAGAGAAGGAGGAGGCAAUGAUCUUCGACAGAGAAGCAGUCAAGAUGGCGGCACGCUUCCGUUGCUUGUUUCAAGCUCGGGUGGGUGUAGAGAAAGACAGCCUGGUUGUGUACUAA